UCGUUCUAUGGAGAAAAGAAACGUUCGCAUUAGAAGAAGAGAUAGCUGAAGAGACGCUCGCAUGCCAUCGUAUGUAUGAAAGCCUAGUAAAGCUAACGGAUUCGGCCAACUCUGUUUUCUCUCCGAUGAUCUUCUUCACUUUUAUAUACUACGGCAUGGAGCUUUGCCUCGUCUUGUACGAUCUCGUCCUCACAAUUCUCUACAGGGACCUGGGCACGGGUUACCGGGGUCUGGCAAUGCAGCUGAUCUACUGCUUCGUGUUUGCCGGGAUUCUGAGCAUGCUUAACGAGGCUGGUCAAGACCUGCAGAAUCAGGGGGAGAAAUUUCCCGAAAGCAUGCACAAUGUUACGCUGAAAUUAAGUUCCAACAACAGGAAAAUCUUCAGUUCGCCGUACCGGCAAAUUCAUCAACCCAGGGGCCACGCAUCACACUUUUUCUCCUUCAACCGCCAGUGCACCUCAGCGGUUUCCAGUGGCAUUUUCACGUACAUUAUUAUCCUGGUACAGUUCAAGAAUAGCGAAGUACCCAAAGAAUAGUAGACGAAAAGUCAAAAUUUGGGAACGAGUAUCGAGCACAAAAAUUUUGUUCAAGAACAUUGGUCUGGAAAAAAAAGCCUCAUUCAUGAAAAAGGGUCGAGAACUGAAAUCACAUAAUAAACGAGUGUCGAGCACCAAAAUUUCAUUAAAUACAGUUUCGAUUACAAAAACCUCAUUAUGGAAAAAGGGUCGGGCACCGGAAUCUGAUUCAAGAACAAGUGUCGGGCACAGAAGUCUCACUGAAGAACAAGAGUGUCUGGCACCGAAGCUUCAUUCAAGAACACGUAUCGGGCACCGAAGUCUAAUUCAAGAACACGUAUCGGGCACUGAAGUCUAAUUCAAGAACAAGUGUCGGGCACCGGAGUCUCAGUCAAGAACAAGCGUCGGGCACCAAAAUCUCAUUUAAGAUGAGGUAUUGAGCACCGAAGUCAAAAUGGCACAAGCAACUUAAUUGAAAAAUAAAAUAUCACUCACAAAUUAUCGUAGGGGAGUGAAAUAACUAGAAGUCGCCCCAAAUUACUGAUUCAUCAACGAGAUACAAUUGACGCUUUAUGACAUGAACCAAACAAUUACAUCAUUUUUCGUCAAACAAAAUGUCAGUCAGUACAUGAAUAUAGAUACAAAAAUAUCAUUAAAGAAGUUAAUCAAAUUACACCAUUAUUGAAAGAACUUCUGUCGCUUCUAAUCAUAUCGAGUUACUAUGAAAGUUAUUUAUUCAAAAAUAAUAAUAUUAUUUGUCAGGAACAGAAGUCGUUUCAAAAACCGACAUCUUAAGUGCCUCCUAUACGAACUUUUAAACAUUUUUGCAGGGACAAAUUCCGCAUCGUGAGCAUUUUACGGGAUGCACUCCAAAUUAUCAACUUAUAUAUUCAGAUGCUCAUAAUUCGUAACACAUAAAAAACACUUCUGUUAAUAUCGAAUACAUUAUAUGUUAUAAAUUUAAUGGAUCUGUAGUUUCACCAUCUGAACAUCAAAUUGCAUACCAAAUAACAAAAACGGUUAUUUUUACGCUUUGAAAAAGUUCAAGUUA